GUAUUACAAUGAAACCGUAUAAACAUCCAAAUCUUGGUUCCGUUUUUUUAAAUCUGGUAUAAGUCGGAAGAGAAAUGUUGACAAGAUAGGAUGGGUCAGUACUAUUAAGAUUGACUUUUGACAAUCAUUCACACAACUCUUAAAUCCUCUGCGAGAAAUGCAUGGAUAAAGUCUUCAGCUGUGAGACAUCUCAGACGAACACAAACAAUGAAGAUAACUUGUGCAGCCUUUGUGCUUUUCAUCCAAAUAUUACAAUGUUUGGCUUCAGAUGAUUCACCAUUUCAACUAACCAACAAAGACACUGGUUUUUGUUUGGUUAAAACAAAUAGUAACUGCAAUGACCUACGCUGGACAACUGGUGACCGACUUCUUGUUCUACAAAGGAUAAAGUGCCUGGGAGUCCAGGGGAAAAGUGUGGGAAGUGAAAUAAGCCUCUACGAUUGUGAUGAAACCAGCGACCUCCAAAAGUGGGAAUGCAAGAAUGGAACAGUGCUCGCCCUCAAAGACCAAGAGCUUUACAUUGAGCUCACUGCAGAUAACACAGCAGUUCUCUCCAAAACAAUAGGACCCAAUAACCACCUCACUAUUUCAGGGACCUCCAGUGGUGCUUGUACAAGAACAUACAGAGAACUUUAUGCCAUUGGUGGAAAUGCUGCUGGACUGCCGUGCAUGUUUCCUUUCCAGUACAAAGACAAAUGGUACUCAGACUGCACUACAGUCAGACAGGAUCUUUGGUGUGCAGUUGAGACAAAAUAUCAGAGUGAACGCUGGGGCUACUGCCCAGUUACUUCAAAAGAAGGCUGGACUAUACACCCAACAACAGGAGCGUAUUACCAGCUCAACACACAGGCAGCGCUGACUUGGCCCCAGGCUGAAGCCAGCUGUAAACAGCAGGGGUCCUCCCUGCUUAGUAUCACCGAUCCUCACCAGCAGGCUUACGUCACAGCACUGCUAGGUACAGGGGGCAAUAAGCUUUGGACGGGGCUAAUCCUGGAACCAGAACAUGGCUGGAAAUGGUCUAAUGGGAGGCCUUUUCGCUAUCUGAAAUGGGACUCAGGACAUCCACUUCCUGAUCCGGGACAAAACUGUGCAAUUGUUGAUCCUGCUGUACAGUACUCUUGGCAAAGUUCAACUUGCAGCAAAAAACUCGGGUACAUUUGCUACAGUGAAGUGGCCGAGGUACUGCCGACUCAAGCUGUUGAGACAGCAUUUUGUUCAAGCCCUUGGAUUCCCUACAAUGGCCACUGCUUCCACCUUAAUCGUUCUCAGAAAACAUGGUCUGUUGCUCAAAGAGAGUGUCGUAAUGAAGGAGGGGACCUAGUCAGCAUCCGUAAUGUGGAGGAUCAAAGCUUUGUCAUCUCUCAACUUGGAUACACAUCCACUGAUGAGCUUUGGAUUGGACUGAAUGAUAGGACAACAGAGGGGCUGUUUGACUGGAUUGAUCACUCAACUGUCAGUUUCACUAGCUGGGAAUUUGGGAAACCGGCUGUCUCCACGGAUAUAAAAGACUGUGUUCUCAUCAGGGGAGAGAAUGGGAACUGGGCUGACCGUGCAUGUGAGGAAAAACAUGGCUCCAUUUGCAUGAAGAUGAGUGCCUCAAAACCCACUGGAGAUGAAGUCCAACAGGAUUUAGGCUGCAAAACUGGUUGGAGAAGACACGGCUCAUACUGCUACUUUAUAGGGAUAGAGUCCAAAACUUUUGAUGAAGCCAAAACUGAAUGCGAGAGCUCAGAUUCUUACUUAGCUGAUGUUUCAAAUGGGGUGGAUAAUGCCUUCCUCGUCAGCUUGGUGGGGAUGAGACCAGAGAAGUACUUCUGGCUAGGCCUCUCAAACCAGAAAGACAUUGAUCAGUUUGUGUGGACCAACACAGACUCAGUGAGGUUUACUCACUGGAACGCUGAAAUGCCAGGUCACCAACAGGGCUGCGUUGCCAUGACAACCGGGAUUUUUGCUGGCCUCUGGGAUGUGCUGUCCUGCACCAAUAAGGAAAAAUACAUCUGCAAACACCUGGCUGAGGGGGCAGUUUUAACCCCUGCACCACCCACUUUCACCCCUGCCGUGUGUGCAGACAAAUGGACUCGAAUAGGAUUAAGACCCUAUUGCUAUAAGAUGUUUUUAGGUCCAUCUUCAAACAUGAGGACCUGGUAUGAAGCCAGAGAUUACUGCAGGGUCAUCGGAGGAGACCUGCUGAGCAUCCACAGUGCUGAUGAGCUAGAAAAGCUACCACAUCGCUAUGGAACAUUGUGGAUAGGACUUAGUGCUCCUGACCCCGUCACUGGUUAUGUAUGGAGCGAUGGAUCCCCACUGCAGUUCCAACACUGGGCGGAUGGAGAGCCAAACAAUAAAAACAAUGUGGAAUCUUGCGUUGAAUUCCAAAUGAACGAGCGGGAUAGCAGUGGGUCUUGGAAUGAUGUGCACUGUGAGAGUUACCGUAAAUGGCUGUGCCAGAUCCGUAUAGGAGUGACUCCAAAACCACCUCCAGACCCUGUCACUCCAGACUUUAAUAGGACCUCAAACCAGUGGCUAGAAUGGAAUGGGUCUCAGUAUUAUAUUAACUAUGUGUCGAUGGCCAUGGAAGAAGCCCGUCGCUUCUGCCAAAGGAACCAUGGUGACUUGGUAACUAUCAACAGUGAAGCUGAAAGUGUCUUUUUAUGGAAACAGAUAUCCAGGAGUCUUGGGGCCUACUGGAUAGGCUUGAACGUAGAUCUUGAUAGAACAUAUUGGUGGAUGGAUGGUUCCCCAGUGGUGUUUACACGUUGGGAUGAAAAUCAACCUGUUUUCCUACGCAAUGAUGAGAAUUGUGCUGCCAUGACUACAUCCAUGGGGUUCUGGCAUGAUUAUAAUUGUGGGUAUGAGCAUAAGUCAAUUUGUAAACGCAGUAGCUCACCACCUGCCAAUGCCACUGUAGCACCAACCGUUUCUCCAAAAGGUGGCUGUCCACAAAACUGGGAAAAACUUGCCUCGAAGUGUUACAGGAUCAUUAAUAGCCAGACGGAGACGUGGGUUGGAGCAAAGACACAAUGCAAAACAAUGGGAGGAAAUCUGGCCUCAAUUCUCUCAAGACCAGUGCAAGUGUUUUUGACUACUAAGAUGGCUGAGGCACCAACCACAGACCUGUGGAUUGGUUUGUCUAGUGUACGUGGCAAUCCAUUUCUCUGGACUGAUGGGCGACCAAGAAGAUACAACAACUGGGGGAAUGAACGCCGGAUUCCUUCAACUAGAUGGAACGGGGACCCUUUUGGGAGGCCACAUUCUUUUCACGACUAUAGGCUACGGCGUUAUGAGAUGAUGGAUAUUGAACUGUAUAAUCGGGCAACGACUUAUGAGAAAGCAUGUGUUGUGAUGACUACCAAUCCCAACACUGGUGUAGGAAAAUGGAUUAAAAGGUCUUGCAAUGACACCAAUGGAUAUGUCUGUCUUCGAAAUGUUGAUCCAUCUCUACAAGAUUCCCCAGAACCAACAACAUCUACCAACUAUGUCAAAAUAUUCAAUGACUCUAUCAAGGUUGUUACACAACAAAUGAACUGGGAUGUAGCCAAAAAGCACUGCGAAGGUGGGGCCAAACUGGCUAGCCUGCGAAACGAGUGGUCACAAGCCUAUGUUGAGCUGCUGGCUUUGAAUCUCAACGCUCCUCUAUGGAUUGGACUGAACAAAAUGGAGACUGGUGGAUAUUUCCGAUAUAUUGAUGGCCGGAGUCUCACCUUAACCAAUUGGGAUAGACGGGAACCAAUGCACCAACCUUGUGUGUUCGUAAAUGUGGAUGGAAAAUGGAAGACUUCUGACUGUGAUCAGAACAUGGCCAGCAUUUGCAUGAAGUCUACAGAUAUGCCACCGACAGAGUCAAGCGAUUUCUCAGGAUAUUGCCCCGAAGACCCAGAAACCCCUAGACACUCAAGCCAGAUGAACAGCUGGCUACCAUUUAGGUAUUACUGUUACCUUAUUAUCCAAGAUAGGACUAAGUGGCCAGAUGCAUCUGCUAACUGUGUAAGACACGGUGGAAAUCUUGCCAGCAUUGAAGAUCCUUCGGAGCAAGAAUUCAUUCAAAGUAUCAUUAGAACAUUUCAAGACAGCCAAUCGUCGUUCUGGAUUGGCUUGUAUAAAACUCACACAGGUACAGUAACAUUGUCUGCACUUUCAUAAAAAGACACAUUAAGCUAUACUUGAACAUAAAAAAACGAAAUUAUCCUUGUACAAGAGAAGCUCUGAAAGAAAAUGGUUAUAAAAUUGCUGUCUCU